AGUGGCUUGUAUCAAUUUUUUUUUUAAAUUUAUAAUUUAGAAAAUACAAAUAGAAAAAGUGAUCAAUUUUUAUCGUGGUUUUUUGUCAAGUGUUUUUGUGAUAAAAAAAUUUAAAAAAUGAAAAAAAAAUGUGCAAAUAAAUAAGCCGUAAUAGUGUUGAAUAAUUUGGAAUGUUGAUAAUGGUGAUAGAGGUUGAUGAUAGAUGAUAAUAAGUUGUUAAAACGCGAAAGUGGUGCGUGUAGCAAAAAAAGAGCGGGACGCCGCAAUGGCUGAGCGUUCCAGCGGUAGUGGUAGACGUUUUUCACGUCGUGAUAGUUGUGAAAAUGUUGGUUCAUCAUCACAUCAUGCAACUCCAGCAUCAUCAAAAGAACGUAGAACUAAAAAAUCAAGUAAACCAAUGAAAGAAAGAUGGCUAUUGACAAGAAAAACAUGGCGAUAUAUGGCAGAUGCCGGUCGUCGUUUAAUUCCUGAUGGUACACACAAUAGAACCGAGGAUAUACCAAAAAUUGAACAAUACUUUCAGGAAGUUUGUCAACGUGAGCCAAAAUUUUUACUCUGGCGAAAAGCAUCGUAUCCAGGAAGUUUAGGUUUUCGAGCACAUAGAAAUAGAAGAUUGGUUAAAGGUGGAAGUUGUCGAACAAAAGCUUGUUCUGCUGAUGAAGCUGAUGACUCACGGGGAUCACCAAAUGCCCUGAUAUAUCAAGCAACAUCUGGUGGACGUUUUGAUCCAGCAAAAUUAAAAAGAGACUGGUUACUAGCAAGUGGUAGUAUUCCCAACACGCCAAUUGAUCAAAGACGAACUCGUGAAGAAGAUGCCGAGGCAAAAGCAUUGGCUGAUAUGCUACAAAAAUAUUUGAACAUGCAUGGGGAGCCUGGUGAAUCAGAUAAUAUUUUAGCUAAGGAUUCAAAAAUUUCUAGCUCAGCUGACAGUACUGAAAGUACAAAUUUUCCAUUUGAUUAUCAGAGUCUUAUUGAUAAACUUCAGCAACAUUUAAAUCUCAUAAUGUCAGAAAGAAAAGAUGAUACAUCACGAAGAAGAAUACCUCCACCACCAUCACCAUUAACAACUCCACCACCACCACCACCACGAGCUUCUUCCAGCCGCAAUGUUCCAAGUAAUGUUAAUACUUAUGUGCCACUUGAACCAACAGUACCAUAUCGUGGUGAUUAUAUACACAAAUCACUUCUUGAAACUCUCAGUCGUCAUUAUGCUAAAUCACCAAAUCGUGAGCAUGUUAUAUCUGGUAUUUUAACUGAUCGUAAAUUGUUGGAAAAAUUAUAUUUUGAUCUAAGAUGUACGAGGGGUUUUCGUGGACCACGAGCAACAGGUGCAUACAAUGAACCACCACGUUGGUGGGGUAAUCCUCGAACUCGUGAUAAUGAUUGGAAAUCAAAUCAAAGAGGUGGAAGAGAUUUGGUAUCACCACCACCAUUGAUUGCUGUACAAGGACCAAGUACUGAUCGAAGUCCUGUUGAUACUGCUGCACAAACUGAUCCAUUGAGUAAAGAAAUAAUUGAUUCACUUAUUGCUGAUAGAGAUAAAGAAGAAAGAGAUAAUCCACGUGAUUGUGGAAAAAAUUUUCGAAGACGUAGUAGUGUUGAAAAUGAUGAUGUGUCACCAUCAGUUAGUGAUACAAUUAAAAGAUAUUUAAGAAUGGCAAGAAAAAAAUCAAUGGAUGCUGAUAAAGCUGACAGAUUUAAACGUGUCAAUUAUGAUAGAAAUUUACGAAAUAUUAAGGCAAAAGGUGAAAUAACAAAACCAGGUGAUGACGAUGGUAAUAAUAAAGGAUCACAGACAAAUGAAAAUUGGAUAUUACGUUAUAAAGAAAGUGGAACAUUGUCAAUUGAGGCUGGUGAUAAUAUUUCUGAUGCUGAUACAACAACAUCACCAGCAAGUAGAAAUGCUAGUUCAAGAAGUAGCAUUGAUGCUGGUUUAGGAUCUGAAGAACCAACAACACCAAAACAUCAUCAUCAUCAAUCCUUUCUUUCCCAUCUCCUUCAUGGUUCUAAUACUCACAAAGACAAGCCACAUUCGGCACCAGGUUCACCAGCUCUUACUUCUUCAAAUUCUUCAGGUGGAGCAGCAAUGCAGAAGAGCAAAUCCUCUAGCAGUGUUGUACAUCAUGGCAGUCGUUUGGUUGCCAAAAGAAUAUGGAGAUCAAGAAGCAAAAGUACCUCUAGAACUGUCAAUCAACCCUCUGUUUGGACACCUCAAGGAAAAUGCACGUGGGCUGGUACAAGUGGGCGUCGAGUUACUCUUCAAGAUACAUCAUUGAGAGCCCUGUCUGAAGUUGAGCGAAAAGUCCUUUGUCGAGUUGCUGUUGCUAAGUUGCAAGCACUUAAUCUUGGUGUUGUCAUAAGGCCACCAAAUGAAUCUCUAACGAGUAGAUCUGUUACAAAUAAACCAAAAAGAAAAGCUUAUUUGUUGAAGAGAAAAGCUCUGACAACUGGAUUUUUUGAAAAUAAAAAUAAAGAUGAUAAAGAUUCCUCGGGUGGUCUUGUAUUUGGAAUUCCAAUAUCGCAGUGUCUGGAGAACGAUCGACUGGCAAGAAUUGCAACUGGUGAAAUAUCUGACGUCACUUGUUUAUCAAGAAGUAGUAGACAUGGAAGUAGGGCUAGUUUUACCAGUCUCAUUGAGACACCCACAACAACAACCACCACUUCCUCCAAAACAGAAGAGGGUGGUUCUUGUGAAUCAUUGUCAUCAAAAGGUGGUGGUGCAUUGACUGGUAGUGAUUCUGGUGUCAUUGAAUUGAGUGACAGUGGUGGUCCACCUGGUGAAUGGGAUGCUGUGCCUGGAAUUGUUAGACAAUGUAUCAAACAUCUUGAGGUCACUGGUCUCAGAACACUUGGCAUAUUUAGAGUUUCACCUUCAAAAAAAAGAGUUAGACAGUUGAGAGAAGAAUUUGACUGUGGAAGAGAAACUAAAAUUGGUCCUGAUCAGUGUCCCCAUGAUGUUGCAACAUUAUUGAAAGAGUAUUUUCGAGAUUUGCCAGAUCCUUUACUCUGUCGAGAGCUUUAUCAAGCCUUUGUUCACACGCAAAAAAUACGGAACAGGCGUCUUCAGCAGGAGGCACUUCAACAUCUCGUUCAACUUUUACCAGCAACAAAUCGUGAAACUCUAUGUGCACUGUUGAGUUUUUUAACUGAAGUUGCAGCAAAUAGUGAAGAUAGUAAAAGUGAAACUGGUGAAUGGUUGACUGGUAAUAAAAUGGAUUUAACAAAUCUUGCAACGGUAUUUGCACCAAAUAUAUUGCAUUGUGUUAAACCUGGACAAGCGAGAUCAGAAGUAUCAGUUGAAAGAGCAGAAGAGCGAAUUGAUGUGAUAAAUGUUGUACGUGCAUUAUUAGAAAAUGCAUCAACAUUAUUUACUUUACCAGCUGCACUUUUAGAUGAAUUAUAUCUUCAAAUGAUGGAAACACAUCCAGCAGAUCUUGAUAUUGCAUUAUCACAAAAAGCUGAAGAACAUUGCAAUGAUGAAAUUGAUCCUGGUAGUGAAGUAGAAGUAUUUUCUGAAGAAAAUUUAAUAUCAACAGCUCAAACAGCUAAAAAAGUAUGGUCACGUGAACAGUGUCUUCAUCAAAUGGCUGGUAUUGGUGGUGAUAUUGGUCCAAAACCAAGAAGACCAAAAAGACCAGGUAGUAGAAGAAAAGAAGAAGGAAGAAGUAAUAGUGUUGAUAGUGGCUCAAGUGAAGAUCCAACUGAUCCAAGAAGAAAAUCAUCACCAAUGGUUAUAACAGCUAAUUUAACAAUACCAAUGUCUAGUGCUUUUACUCUUAAUCUUGAUGAUCCAGAUAUUCCAUAUAUUGAAGAACAACCAAAACAACCAUCAGCACCACCAAGAAGACAAAGACAACGUUCUAUAUCUGGUUGUAGUGAAGGUGGUAGACAUGGAAGUGAUAGUGCUGUUGGAUCAUCAGCAACAUUAUCUGGUGAUCAACCACCAAGUUCACCACCUUCAUGGGCAUCAUCACCACCAGGUAGUCCUGAUAGUGCUGUUACAGCUGUAUCAUAUAUACCCGAUCAACAAGCUGUUCUUCAACGAGUAUCAUUUACAACGUCCAGUGAAGUACGACAAAUUUCAAGAUCAAUUAGUCAAGAAUCAUCAAAACAUACUAGUCCAGCAUAUACACCAAGUAUUACAAGCAUUGGUGGAGCUGUUUUGAGAUCAAAGACAGCUGAUAUUGAAAGAAUGCUUCAUAAUUCAAGACCAGAAAGUACAAUUGUUAUUCAAUCAAAAUUAGCAGCAACAACCACAACAACAACAACAUCAUCAACAACGUCAACAACAUUAUCGUCAAAUGAUAAUAAAAAAUAUACAAAACGACGUUAUACUGAUUCACGACAUCAAACACGUCAUAUUCCAGAUGCUGAGAGUUUGUCAAAUAGAUUACCAGUAACAACAACAAUAACACAAAGUUCAACAUUGAGUUCAAAUAAUAAUCAGGGACAAAGAACAACUGGUAUAACUAAUGCACCAGUUUGGAAACGUAGAGAACUUAUUUCCUCAGCUCCAAAGACUCGACAAAAUUACUUUUGAUUGAUCAUUUAUUUUAUAUAACUUUUUAAAAAAUAAAAAAAGGUAAAUAUUUUUCAACAAUAUAUUGUACCGUUGUUUUUUGAUUUUACAGACACUAUAAAAUCAAAAAAUAAAAAUUAAAAUAAAAUCAAGAAGAUACUUUUUUUUUUAAAUAUAAAAAUGAUGUACAUUUUUUGGUAAAUAAUUAUUAAAUUUUCUUCUUGUGUUAAUCAAGUGUCUGGGUUUCCUCCAGGUGAGAAUUCCUUAUGAUCACUUUGAUUAAAUAAUUUAUGUACUAUCUAUUUCGUUAAGUUUUUAACCUGUAAAUUCAAAAUAAAUAAUGAUAUUAAUUUUUCUACAAAA